CUUAUCUGAACAAAUCUCUCUUCAGGCCGGCUCCUCGAAGAACCCAAUAUUGAACAGUUGCGUGAGGCUGCUUGAGCAGCAGCAUGGGAGUGAUCUGGCGUUCUGCUCCACGAAUUCGACAGGUAGCGCAGGACAAGGCGGCCGUUGCAGAUGGAGGCGCUCCUCCGGUGGGCGGCCGAGAUGGGCGUCUCCGACUCGCCGUCCCUGGCCUCCCCCUCCGGCGCCACCUCCUCCUCCUCCUCGUCCUGCCUCGGCCGCUCGCUCGUUGUCGCCGAGUUCCCCGACGCCGGCGGGAGGGGAUUGGCGGCGGCGCACGACCUCCGGCGCGGCGAGCUGAUGCUGCGCGCGCCCCGCGCCGCGCUGCUCACGAGCGACCGCGUCACGGCCGACAACCCCAGGAUCGGCGCCUGCGUCAGCGCCCACCGGCCCCGUUUCUCCUCCGUCCAGAUACUGAUCUUAUGCUUAUUGGCUGAAGUGGGGAAAGGGAAGGAUUCUGUCUGGUACCCUUAUUUGUCUCAGCUUCCCCGCUACUACACUAUCUUGGCUACCUUCAAUGAUUUUGAAGUUGAAGCUCUCCAAAUUGAUAAUGCUAUUUGGGUGGCACAAAAGGCUAUUCGUGCCAUAAUACUAGACUGGGAAGAAGCUACACCACUAAUGAAAGAAUUGGAGUUCAAACCUAAGCUUUUGAUACUUAAAUCCUGGCUCUGGGCGUUUGCAACGGUAUCUUCACGCACAUUACAUAUUCCAUGGGAUGAUGCUGGUUGCCUAUGUCCUGUUGGUGAUUUGUUCAAUUAUGCUGCCCCUGAUGAUGAUACUUCAUUGGAGGAAGAAGAUGCAGCUGAAGUUAUGAAUUGCCAGCAGAAAAAUAAGAUGUCGGAUUCAUCUAAGAGACUAACAGAUGGUGGAUAUGAAGAUGCUAACGGAUACUGUUUUUAUGCCAGAAAAAAAUAUAGAAAGGGAGAGCAGGUUCUUCUUGGCUAUGGGACAUACACGAACUUGGAACUUCUUGAGCACUAUGGUUUUAUUUUGGAUGAGAACCCUAAUGAGAAAACUUUCAUCCAAUUAGAUUUGGAUAUUUGCUCGGUCGGUACUUGGCCAAAAGAUUCGAUGUAUAUUCAACCAAACGGACACCCCUCAUUUGCAUUGUUGUGUGCAUUAAGGCUAUGGACAACUGCUGCAAAUCGCCGAAAGGCCAUUAGUUAUCAGAUUUACUCUGGAUCAUUGGUUUCUACUGAAAAUGAGCUGGAGAUUAUGAAAUGGUUAAUCAGCAAAUGUGAAGAAACUUUGCAGCAGUUACCUACAACUGUUGAAUUUGAUGAAAGUCUGCUCAUCUUUUUACGCAAAAUACAGAACAGCACCAGCUGGAGGACAGAUGUGAAGCAGUCAUGUUUUGAGCAGGAGUUUGCUGUAUUCCUCCGAGUCCACCGUGUGGAGCUGGAUUGUUCUGAUCUCGGUCCACUCCCAGCUCGACUUCUGCGAUCUCUGGAAAGAUGGGAAUUAGCUGUCCGGUGGAGAUGCAACUACAAGAAGACACUAACCAAAUGUAUCUUAUACUGUGCAAGUUCAGUUCACGAGCUUUCCUUGCAACGAAACCAACAAUAACCAAGGACUCGGGUCAUGUAGUUUUUCUCAACCCUGUAGUGCAGUAGCCGUCUAACUUUUUUUUUAGCUUGCUUUAAGACCAUGGAAUCCGUUGGAACGAUCUUGGAUCUGUAACUGCACUUCUAAAUAGACUGCUAAGGCAUGCCUUCUGGUUUGUGAAUCAUGAGAUACUGAAUAACCGAAGUACUA